AUGACCAUCUCCAUUCCUCGCUCGGGCCUAGAACCCCCACCGGCCCCGGCAGACGCGACCUGCGCACUCCACACCUAUCUGACGCUACCGUCAACAAUCUUCGGCGACAAGUACCAGCUCGCCACGACAGACCCGCUGUUCCUGAAUUCCCACCACCUCAAAGCCCUCCGCGCCGUGGCGGGCGAAACAGACCUCGAAGCCCCAGACUGGUUCGUCCCGCGCUGGGGCUCGAACUGGUUACUCGAACUCGCCACGCCGGACCAAGCAGACCAAGACAAAAUCCAAGACCAACAAGGGGACUGGAACGUGACCAUCCCACUCCAUCUGCGAUACCUGCGCCCCUCGGAAACCGGAUACCGAACGGCCUCGGUGCCCUGGCCCGUCGUCUUCUGGGCCUGCACCACGGAAGAAGGCACCAAGAUGGGGACGAACCCAUUCGAUCGCGUGAAUCUGGGCUGGGAGGGCUUGUUCGGUCCCAGAACGAUGUUCUACCAGCUCACUCCUCAUCCUAAGAGCGGUGAUCAGGAGAAUCAAAGACAUCGAGUCGUCGAGGAUCUAGAAGUCCCGGUUCUGCAAUUGAAGGAGGGCGGGUUCUUCCAGGGUAGGACUAUUGAGUUGGGCACUGUUGUUGUCAUUACGUUGGGUUUGCUGUGGGUGCUUUGGAGGUUGGGGGUGGUUGUUCGUACUUCUUCUUCGACUGGACAGAGGGGAACUGCUAGAACUGAUCAGAGGAAGAAGGCGCAGUGA